UCUCGUCUCACUCAGUCUGAGGUUCUUUAGAGUGUGUGUCGUGAAGCUGCAGGACAGCUGUAACUGGGCUAAACUUAGAGGCGGCAUGUGCUGGAGAAGAGCGUGGGGGUUGGAGUGGGGUGCAGCUCAAACAAACAAGAAUGUUCUGAACUCAAGCGUCCAGUCUGAGGUGUUGGCGAUGUUGCAGCUCUCUCAGGUGACGGACUCCCUCUUCAUCAGUAAUGGUCGCUCUGCCUGCAGUGUGCCGUUACUCCAGCAGGAGGCGGUGACGCUCUGCAUCAACGUGACCAAGCAGCAACCUUUCCCAUCAUGGGACGUCAAUAAAGUGCGAAUCCCGGUCUCCGACGAUCCGACUGAAGACCUACACCGAUACCUGGACCAAUGCGCCGACGCCAUCCACCAGGAGGCGACUGUUGGCGGACGCACAGUCGUCUACUGUAAGAACGGACGGAGUCGCUCUGCGACUGUGUGUGUAGCGUAUCUGAUGAAGCACCAGAAGAUGGCGCUGGCUGAUGCGCUGCAGGUGGUGAAGACGGCACGUCAUGUGGUCAGCCCAAACCAGGGCUUCCUGUCUCAGCUACAGAGGUACGAGCAGGAGCUGGAGGCCCGGUGACACCAAAGAUAAUGUGUGAGGUGGCGAGAUG